AUGCCAAUGGCUAGUAAACCCAAAUUUUCUAACUCUAGACACGCACCUUCGUCAUCGUCCAAAGCAAUGUGGGAGGCCAAUAGAAACUGCCCCUUCUCGAUAGAGUACACGGUGAGUGAUGUGCUGUGUUCACUUAUCGGAAUGACUAGUUUAUCCAUCGCCACGUACUCUCCCCCAAAGACCGUCACCCGCUCGACCAAGCGCAUCAACUUGGUACCGUUGAAUCUGAG